AUGACGUUACUAAUGUUCGAAUGGAUUAUCCAAAUCCACCUAAACAUCGAAGUGGGAAACCAUGUAAGCAAACGAACACACGAUAAGUCAAUCCAAAUACGACCAAUGCUGCAAUUUGUUGAUUGCAUAUAUCUUGGAAUUCAUGAGGGUUCAACUGAUAGUUCGUACUUUAAAGAGAGGGCAAUAUUAGCACCAACAAACGAGAUUAUUGAUAAGGUUAACGAACAUGUAUUGUCACUUUUUCCAGGAGAGGUGAGGACGUACUUGAGUUCAGAUGAAAUCGAUAAAUCCGACGGUAAUUAUGGUGGCAAUGACGAUGCAUUUUCAAUUGAAUUUCUCAACUCAAUACGUGCAUCUGGAGUUCCAAAUCAUAAUUUACUGCUAAAAAUUGGUGCUCCAAUUAUGAUGCUCAGAAAUAUGGAUCAGCCAGCAAGCUUAUGCAAUGGUACACAUUUAUUAGUUGAUCAUCUUGGUGACCGAAUUUUACAAGCAACUGUUAUAUCCGAAUCAAACAUUAGUUACAAGGUAUUCAUUCCAAGGAUUACACUCACACCGACAGAUAAUUCUAAUAUCCCAGUUGCUCUACAAAGAAGACAAUUUCCUCUGUCUUUGUGUUUUGCGAUGACGAUUAAUAAGAGUCAAGGGCAGUCACUAUCCCAUGUUGGUUUGUUCUUACCUAAGCCAGUUUUUAGUCAUGGACAAUUUUAUGUCGCAGUGUCUAGAGUGAUUAGCAGAAAAGAUUUGAAAAUUCUCAUAUGUGAUAAGGAUGUAAAGUAUGUCAUCGCACAGAGAAUGUUGUCUACAAAAAGGAACUUAGGAAGUAGUCUUAAGGCUGCUUUUUGUCCUGUCUUAGGUAGCCUCUCUAGCUUGGAUGCUGCAAUUUGUCUUUGUACUACAAUCAAAGCUAACCUAUUGAACCUUCACGUUGUUCUUCCUAUUGCUCUUCAAGUCUUGAUUGAUUGUGGUAAAGCUCCUCCUAAGGGAUUCAAAUGCCCUUCCUAG